UGCACUUUACUAUCAUUAGUUGCACGUGCUUCGCUUUCAUUCACCUUGAGUCCCUCCCGCCAAAUUCCUGGUACUGGUAGUAAACUAUCCCCGCGAUUGGUCGGUCGUUGCGUGCGUCUACGCGCUGAUUGGUCGGCGUUCCCUCCCGUAAGUAACCGCGUACAAGGCCGAAGUGUACCGAAGCCCAGGUCAGGGUACACGAACGGCGUCUUCGGCAGUUCGAAUCAGAGGCUUGCGCAGAGGAGACCGUCUGAUAUUUCGCUCAACGAAUCUCAAACAUGGCUGUUUACACGUCCACGCAGCCGCUACUUUCAAAUCACAAGUUACAAGUUAAUUUGAAUCGUACGAUCUUGGUGUUUCUGGCGAAUGCACUUUUGACGAAAGGAGGUACAAGUACUCCUUUAACCAAUCGCUAUGUAAACGAUGCAAACUAUUAUGAUAUCUCAAGCAAUAAUGACAAUUCAGAUCCCUUGGAGAAAUUUUACUUAAUUACCGAACAAAGGUGGCACACAGAUUCUGUGCUGCCUAUUCCUUUAUUACCAUCUACCGAGGGAAUGUCUGCUCGAUCUCAUCACAGGAUCCCACAGUCCAUAACGGGACUGGAUGAUGCUGGUAUGGAUUUGCAAGCAGCUCAAUUUAGUACCCGUACAGGACAGGUGGUACACUCCACUGCGACUUUAUCAUGGCUAGACUGGCAAUUGCCCCUGUUCGUAGCACUCUGCGCCAUCGCUGGCGCUAUUCUCUUUACAUUCCUGGUUUUGUUAUGGCUGAGGAAACAAAUGUCGCGUGAAAAGGAUACAGAAGAUGGUGAUAGGAGAGGUUUGGUAGAGGAAGGUGCUGUAUGUCCUCCAGAAAAGACUACCAAAGCUACGAAAGGAUCGAUCGAAUGGGUUCAUCAACCUACGGCAAAGGCAUCUAUUCAUACUGUUCACUCUCUCAAACCGCUUACUCAAGCUACUGGCUUACCAGAGGUAAUGUCGGUAGUGACACCGGAACGUAGACCAGAACCGAUACGGAUAAAAGCUAAAAGAUUACUGGAACGACGUGGAUCAAGUGCAAGUUUGACUAUAGAAUUAGCACCUCCUCCCGAAAGUCCACCGCACAUAGUCACGCCAACUCGCGAGUGUACCGCAGAGGAAUUUUUAUUGAGCGCUGGAAAUGUUCUAUCCAGAACACAGCUUAAAAAGUCUAUCAGUGAUCCGGCAUCGCUGCACAAAGAAUUUUGGGAGGUUCCACUUAAUUUACCAGAGGAACUAGAUAUUUGUGGAUCUGGAGUGAAGAAUAGAUACUGUUCUGUAUUACCGAAUCCACAGUCUAGAGUCGUUUUACCGGGAUCUUCAGACGAUCCCCUUUCUAGUUACAUUAAUGCCAACUAUAUACGAGGAUACGACGGAGAAGACGCUCGUUAUAUCGCAACCCAGGGACCAUUGGCUCACACUGUAGCUGACUUUUGGAAAAUGGUGUGGGCAGACAAGGUCUCUGUUGUCGUUAUGAUAACAAAGUUACACGAAGCUGCGAAAACAAAAUGCGAGGCAUACUUUCCACAGGAUAAGAACGGUCGUAUACAAGCGGGAAAUUUUACUAUUAUCGCGAAUUCUAUUGAUACAAGGGACGGUUACACGAUCAGAGAUUUAGAGCUUAGAUGCGAAGGAGAAAGGAGACAUGUACAGCAUUACUGGUAUGACUCAUGGCCGGACCAUGCAGUACCUCAAGCUGCAGAUACUCUUGUGAGCUUAGCUGCAGAAGUAAAUUCCCUGCCAGGGCCAGUCGUUGUCCACUGCAGUGCAGGAAUCGGACGAACUGGCUGUUUCAUAGCUUUAGCAACGGGGAUGACGCAGUUAUUGCGAGAUGGAAAUGUAGACGUGCUGGGUAUUUUAUGUCAAAUGAGAUACGAUAGAGGAGGCAUGGUUCAAACAGCAGAACAAUACGAAUUCGUUCAUCGUGCGCUUUGUCUGUACGAACAAACGCUCGAUGGUGGUAAAUCAUCGAGUUCAGGGGAAUGAAACAACCGAGGUGAUCGAAUUGAUAGGAAUUAACUAAAAGAAAAAUUCUUCUGAGAAUUACUAUGAAAAGGUUUCUGACACGACUGUUGGAUAUUGUCUGCAACACAUUGCUUCGUCCAGAUCUGAAUACUUUUGCCGUGAAGGAAAUACUAUGAAAAGAAUCUCAAUUUCAACUCGAGAUCCGGUGGAUAUAUCUCAACUGUUUUCACCUAUUCAACAUGAGUUCUGUCUCAUUAAAAAAAAAGCUGCCAUUUCUAUACUGCCAUGACGAAUUGUUGACAAUUAAUAUCAAGUCACAAAGCUCAAGACAAAGGUAAAUGGUUAAUUGACUCACGUUCUAAGGAACAUAUUCUUAAACGGAAUUAAAACUGUUUGACAAAUGAACAAGAAUAUUUCGAUUUAACUUAUGAAGUAAAACAGAAAAAGAGAAAAGAAUCAGGGUUUGUCAGUGUUGAUUCAAAUUUUUACGUAUUCUCUGUGUGUUACGUGUUAAUCAGUUAUACAGAUUUUACAGUUACGCUAUUCUUAGUCUUGAACUUUCCACGGUACGAGCAGUUUUUCCUUAACUUUUCAGUGCAGCAAACUGUUGUACAAAUCAAAUUCAGCUGCCCAAUAUACACGAUUACAGAUAACAAUGCUAAUGGAAAUACUUAACUAAAACCAUCAGAUCAUAAAUACAGAAAGGCAGAUUAAAUUCGUUACUAAAUCGGGACCCAGAUCAAUGAGAUAUUUUUAUCCUAUUUGUAGUUCCUAGUUAAUUUUACAGUUUGAUGUAUACAAUGAUUUCCAUGACUUUUAAUUAAUUUAUCAACAAAGACUGAAUGCAGGUAGUACAAUACGUUUAUUAUGUAAGUUAUAAAUCUAACUAGAAAUAAAUAUGCUUCUGUAACAAACUGAAAUUUAUGACAUGCAUGAUGGUCAUAAAUGUAGUUUGAUCUAAAAAAAAAAAACUGUAAUUCAGAGUAGUAAAUUGUAGGAUGAGUUUGUUGAUCUAAACAUUGAUGGAAAUUUUAUUCAUUCCCAAAGUAGUGAAUCAAGAUUGAUGUCAUUGUAUAGUGUUUUUUCAAGUAUUAACUAUAAAAUUAAUUAUUUAUUCUAUUCGCUACUUUACAAUUGUAUAAAUGAAAAAUGAAAUGAGCUACAGCUUCUUUACAAGUGAUUAUGUCUUGUUCGUUUGUUCGUUUAUAGAUAUAUUAUUCUGUAGCUGACAAUAAGUGCGACGCAAACUUUUGGAUAAAUUGGAAACGAAUUUGUUGACAAGGAUGGCAUAGUUUGAAUCGAUUAAUAACAUUUCUAAGUAUGAAAUUUCAUGACUCGAACAAAUGAACUUUACUCAACCACAAAUUUGAACAGAGUAAAAUACCAAAGCUGUUAGUAUUUACCCAAUAUCGCAAUACCAUGACAAAAUAUAUUGCAGAAUCUAAGAUUUCUUACUCUCUAACUUUAAUUUAUUUUUACAACGAUUUUUCAUCAGACUUAUGCGAUUUAAUUUCAGAACUAUCAUGAACAGUCUUAGCAAUUGUUUGUACGAGUGUGUUAUAGUGGAGCCAAAUGUUGUUUCAGACAUAAUUAGUCUAUUCACUUUGUCAAUCGUGUUUAACACCUUUCAUCAAAUUAUCAAUAUAACGUCUCAGAAUUUUUCUGUCUUGUACGCGUACCAUAUGAAUGUGAAUUUUGAGUGAAAGUUUGUGAUAUGUAUACAUAUACAUUUGUACAUACGUUGUACAGAGAGCAAAUUAUAUUUAAGAAAUUGUGUAUUUGUGUAAGAAAAUCAAGAGUAAAUUAUUUAUGAAUAUAUUAAAGUGACUUUAAUGUAAACGUAUUAACGUAACAAUAACAAUAAUAAUAACAACAAUAAUUUAGAAGCCCCUUGGUGUUCAAUUGUACUUAUGUGACGUAAUAAAUGUUUAUAGUACCCAUACAAGA